CAGUGAGUACCGCCUAGAGCAUCAAGCUUAGAGAUUUAUCAAAAACAGCGGGCGUGCACAAUAUACUGCUAACAUCCUGUGUCUUGCGGGCUGAACGACAAGACGUGGCAUCGGCAUACACUUCCUGUUGAUAUACAUGAGCAUGGCCGCAAGGCAUGCUGCACCCGGUACGAAGAAACGGCUUGGAGAAGGAGCAAAGUACAGCCGUGCCGAUGUAUUGAGGCUAAGGGAGAUAUUCGACAAGCAUGACCACGACAACAACGGCCGCGUGACUAUCUCGGAGCUGCUGGCGGCGAACGCCUUCAAGAACCACGAACUGGCGGUGUUCAGGAUGCUCGACGUCAACCGUAACGGCUACCUCACCUUCAACGAGUACCUGCGCCGCCUCUUCCCGUACGCCAACGACCGCGAGUUCAAGGUGAUGCUGGCGUGGGGCAUGCCGCACCAGGGGCCCCCGCCCGAACCCCUGUUCGAACCCACCUCGCGGCAGCUCGAGGAGAUCAAGAUGCUGUUCAACAUGAUGGAUCGAAACCGCAACGGAGUCAUUGAAGUCAAUGAGCUACUCAUGAUGGCGCAGACGUGCGGCUACGAGGAAACGGACAUUGCGAACCUCUUCAAGAAGACGGACGUGGACAUGAACGGUUCCAUCUCCUUCAACGAAUUCGUACAACUGGUGCGCACGUCGUACAUCUGAGAGAUCGUUCAGGAGGCCCACCGGUGGUGCCGUGCAGCAGCGGGUUACGUAGAACCUGAGGGGUACAUCUGCAGCUGGUUGCUGGGGGCUAUGUGAAACUUAAUGGCAGUAUCUCGUAUUUGGAACUUGCAUGGAGAGGUGUGAGCAGGAACGGGGCGAAGCCAUGUGAUCCGCCCAUGUGAUUGCUGUUUGGUUUGCAGUGUUUCCUUUACUAAUAAUAAGCUUCACUGGCUUGCUAUUCCUGCUUUCCUGUCUUUGCUUAAGAAUAGGCAUUACCACGUGCCAUGGUUUUGCAUGCAGCUGCACGUACGUGAGGGCUGCUCCCCCGAACGCAGCAGCGCGCGCACCAGCUAGCGAACGCCGUGUUCGUGCCGGGAUGUUGCGUAGCAGCUUUGUUGUGUGUGUGAGCUAGAGGUGUGAGUUCCUUGCAUUGGCGUGCCCUCUGUAUUCACUGUUGUGCCACAGUUAGCACACGUGCGAAGUGGGGUCCUAGAGUGGGGUAGUUUUUGUUGUUGCAUUGCGGCCCACACAGCUAUUUGUGGGGUCAAUAGGUACCGUUAGAACGAUCAAGGCAUGGGCUGUGUUUCUGGUCCAUGCAGUGAGGUCGGCUGGCCCAGUGUGCGCCCUCGACGCGAAUCAAGUGUCGCUCUUAGGUGUGGAGGAGGUAGUGGCGGUGGUGGUGGUGGUGUUCGCCUG